CAUAUUUUUUAUGCAAAACCGAACCGAACCGCCAACUUACACUUCAUGUUUUGGAUACAAACCGAACCCACUUUCCAGUGCUCCAUCUGAUCCACCACUCUUCCUCCUCGUUUUUUGCUUACUCUCGAAUCUAGUUCUUAGGGAAACAACCCCUGUGAGUCAGCCAGCAUGGGUUUCGGGUUUGGCCGCUUUGCUAGCUCCAUCACGCGCUGCCUUCCUUUCUUCAGUACUACUGUUCGAUCUCCCCUCUCCUGCUAUCCGGGGGGGCCUGGUGUCUUCGGACCCUUAGCUCAAAUCCUCCGCAGAAGGGCGAUCGAUGGACGACGUGCUUAUGAUGCUAACAAUUUUGGUGAACCAUGCCCAGUGUUGAAUUCUUCUAGCUCGGAAUUGGCUGUAUUUAAUGCAUGAUAUGGGCGGUGAUGAAGUUAGUGGGUGGCGAGGAAGGUAGUGGGCAGAAACAGCGAGAAACUUAGAAGGCAGCAACAAAGUGAGAAGCACAGUAAACAAACAGUGGUGAACGGCAAAAGAGCUCACCUAACAGAGUCGUAACAUCGUAGCCGCUUAUAUUAAUAUUAAUAGGCUAAAUGUAAUGAAUUAAAAUUUAAAAAGUACUCCAUACUAUUCGUAUACUUCUAACAUAUUACUUUUAAUACUCCCUCCGUCCAUUUAUAUUUUAAGAGAUAUAAUUGCUCAAAAAUUUUACUCGAAAAACCGGUUAGUUAAAAAAGAAUGGAGUGACUUUGGGCUACCUGAUGAUGUUCACGUAUCUGAGACAAAAUGUUCAUCAUGCUUAGAACUUUGGAAGGCAGACAUCUGCCCUAAGCCUAAGACUGAGCAUGACAUUUUUGUCUAUUUUCACACGAUCAGUCAAAAUGACCGUGAAUAUUUCGUUGCAUAUGAUUCCCUUAAAGAGGAUGGCCCCAUCUCACCCAAGUAUCGCAUAUAUGCUCCCCCUUUUCCUCCGAAAAGUUACUCCUUCACUGGGUGUACCUGUGAUGGUCUCCUUCAUUUUCAGGAUAGAAAGUCAGGUCAUGUUCUUUGGAACCCAACAACGAGUGAGUAUAAGAUCCUUCCCAAUCCCUUUCUGGAACUCCCUCCCGGCCUUGAACAUUCGUCUGUAGCGAAUGGGAUGUGGUCCGACCCUAGAUUUGAAAAUUACAAACUGCUGCAUCUUGUACGGUCUUGGUUCAAAGACGAACCAGGGAUGCUCGCUAACGAGAGUUACCACCACAUUCACUUGUAUUCACUCAAAACCAAUUCCUGGAGGAGAAUACCAUGCACUGAGUUUGUCUCUAUUGAAAGGAAUAAUUGUACUUGCAUAUCUGGGGUUUUUUAUGCUGCAGCAUUUCAAAAUGAGGCUUGUAGCGGUGUUAUCCUUUCCUUCGACUUUUCUACAGAGACUUUGUCCACUUUACCCUUACCUAACCAUAACUGCAACCGUUUUCUUCUUCUGGAGUAUAAAGGGUUGUUAAGUGCUCUUGAAUGCUGGGUUGAUGAUGAUGAUGAUGAGUCGUUUGAUCCACCUUGUGAUUUUGAACUUUGGAUCAUGAGUGAUGGAUCGUGGACAAAAGAAUCUAUUUUCCAUACUCGUUGUAUUCCGGAGCCAUCACAUUUUUCUCCGGACGGGAAGCUAUUGUAUUUUGUAAGCUUUACUAUUGGUUUUGAUCUAGUGGCGUUUGAUCGUGCCAUUGGAAAGUUGAAGCAUCUUGGUGUCAAUAACCCCCUGAGUUAUCCAAUGAUGAUUCCGUUCGUUGAGAGCUUUGUUCAACUCAAUGGAAUUUCAUGUAUGCAGGAGGUAAAAUCCAUUUUGAUUGUGUUA